UACAUACAGAAAGUGCUCAAGAGGAGUUUGAUGCAUUUCAAGUGGAGAAAUUGUUCUAAUAAUUUUCAGUAUUCUAAAACUUCUCCUCUGUAUAAUAACAAUCGUUUGCAUUUCUUCUUGUGAAUUCAAGGUCAAUCGUGGAAUAAACAGAGCAUCACAAAUAUGCUUUCUACUACCAACAACAAUAUACACGGAGUCAAGUGGAUAGUGGAUGACGCAGAAAAGGCAGUACAAAUUCGUAAAUACAAGAUUCUCAGUCAAAAUCCAAGCUUACAAGGAGAUUUAGAAAAGUAUAUGAACUGCCUGAAAACUGCAUACAAAUACAUUUGGGGAGAGGUCGCAAUAGACAAAUCUAUACGAAACCCAAUUGAACGAGUUGUGAGGCUAUUGAAGACAAGUACCAGGAUGAAUGUAAAAGUUGAUGUAACACUGAAUACAUGUAGAUUGUAG